AUGAAGGUAGAGGAGUUUUACUCCUUGUUAGGAGAAAGACGAAAAAUUUUAGCAGAUAUUCUACUCUCUAAAUUUGGAAAAGACUUGGAAAACAUACAGAACUCAUGUAAUGAUGCGUGCGCUGCCCAGAAAGAUUUUCUUGAUGUUGAUGAUGAAGUAGAGAACCAAAUAAAUUCGAUAGCUACAAAUCGUUACGAGAGGUUAAUAAAUGAUAUUGAGCUUCAGGCAAAAGGACUCAAGUUACCCAGAACGGAUGAUAAAGAAACUAAAGUUGGUCUUGAUAAAAUGAUUCACUUGUAUUUAAAACGUCAAAGCAACAUCAUAGAUAAUGAUUCCAACCUGGAAAAGAACCGUGAAAAACUAUGUCGUUUGUUAGAGACUGCCAGAUCACAGAAGAAUUCUGGUAAUACAGUCGUCAAAAAGCUGAAGGGAUCUGCAUCGCGUAAGAUUCGUUCAGCUGUAUCACAAAGUUUCACGAAGCACACACGCCGGGUUCCAGGCUUGAAUGCUAAGUCAGAAAAAAUCCCUGUUGAUCACUGGCCCUCGUCAGAAAAUGGCUUUUUCUGUUUACUUAGAGGAUUUCUUACACAUGGGGGUGUACGGAGGAGAUUAACUACAGCUCAGAUUUGUGAAUAUGUUCGUGAAUGGCAAGUUUGCAAUCAAAACAGGUUAAGAACGGUUGGGAGAGGUUGCAGCUGGAUCGAUCGGGUUGAAGACUGGUCUUCUGUAACUCAUCAUGCAUUAGAUUUUCUUACCGCAGAAAGUUCACCCGAAAGUGUCAUACGUAACAGUUCUCGCCGGCUUGUAUGUCCGAGACCGUUUGUUAGUUUAAAACCGCGCAUUCAUCAGUGGUGUUGGCUCCUGUGCCCCCCAUCAGGAAUAAACCCUAAAGUCGACCAAGAAUGGAUCCAAAAAUUUGAACUGGAAACCAGAGAGUUGACGGGUUUAUUUUCUGACUGGCUUCGAGCUCCUCGUGGUCUUGGUGGGUUGACAGAUGCAGUUUUGUCGAUAACAGACUCCUCGCUUUUGAGUGGGAGGAAUAAAGUCAAAUCCGUUAAGAAUACAAAUUCUUCAGUUAAGGAAAAACAGUAUUCUGGAGGAUCUGAUGGUGACGGUGAUGUAGAAGACUCAGAAAUUGAUGAAGGUGAAAGAUGUUUACGAAUAGAUGAUUGCCAAGUUGAGUCAGAUGAUGGCGAUAAGAAAAGUGGAGACAUCCAAAAGAUUAGAAGAAACAUUUCAUCAAAACACUCUCAACAGUCAAUAUCCCAUGAAGAUAAUCGACUUUAUUCCGACGAUGAUAUCCCUCCACCACUUUAUCCAACUAAAUGGAAACUCCGACCAUUUUCAAAGGAAGAGAAGGCUGAUUUUCAAUUGCAAGAAGCUGAACGUUUUUCUCAUCCAUGGUCUCCAUUUGUUUAUCACAUACAAAACUACUGCGCUGUAGUUGGACCGUUACGCUCAGCUCCAAGUGCUUUAAGUCAUGACUUAGUGUUGUAUAAUUCUGGUCGUAAUUGGUCUGGUAACUCAAAGGCUAGAGACCAUCCUCUACUGCGGCUUGACCGCCCUAUGUUUGUAAGUUUAGCUGAAAUUGUCCGAGACGCUGUGGCUUGUUUGCCCAAUGGAGAAGGUACUCGUGCAGAUAUCACCACCCUUGUACAGAAUAGCGGUUUUUUAUUGCCGAAUGUCAAUCCACGCCAGUUACAACAAUGUGUCAGUUCUGCGUUGGAUCGAUUACAAGGUGAAACUUCUGAUCCGUCGGUCUACUUUAAUAACAAUCGUCGUAUGUGGAUUUAUCGUCACAGACAUAGGACUGUUGAAAAGUUUGCUGAACUACACGAGGCAAGAUGUGCUGUUAAUGAAACCAAGAAAAUUAUUCAACGUGGUGGUAGUACAUCUGUUCUGAAUAUUAACCAAACAGUUAAACCUACUAAUAAAUUAAUUCCUGACAAGUAUCCAGAAUAUUCUAGCAAACAAAAUAAUUUACGACAUAAUUCUUCAAAAUAUUCUGGACGUUAUCAUCACAGUGGCAGACAUAUUCAAUCGGGUUAUAUCAGUCGAGAUUAUGGGUAUAUGGAAUUAAACAGAAACUAUUCAUUUAUUGAUGAUGAUCAUAUACCUGAUAUUGAAGAAUUAGAGGCAGCUGAUGAAGUCAAUAUGAUGGAAUAUAAUUGUACAUCUGCUAAUUAUUCAGUGAAUUCUAAUAAUGUCAAAGGUCAUAUUGGUACAGUGGUUGAUAACACUGAGUAUGAUGAUGAUAAUGAAGUGGAUUAUGAAAAUGAAAUUCUAAGUGCUUGGGAUGAUGAUAAUUCUACCGAUCGAAUAAUCAAUCCUCCUACUGGUCAACAACGAGGCAAUCAACAAUUCAACAAAAUGCCUAGAUACUUGGAUCCAUUUCAGUCAAGAAGUCCAACAUCAUUUAUAUUGCCAUCAAAUAAUUAUUCUCAGUCAACCAGUAAUUACAAACAAUCACGAUUAAAUGAUUCUAAUUAUUCAUCGAAUUCGAAACGGAUUCAUAAAAACUACACAACUGCUACUGCAGAUGAUGAUGAUGACGUUGAAAUUGGAAACUAUAUUAUUGACAGUGAAGAGAUAAACGAGGAAUAUUUCUAA